CGACAUUGCUCCGUCUCUGUCGUUCAAUAUUUUGAUCGUGCAUGCAUGGUGCUUGUUAUGGCUCGUAAAUUAUAUAUUUUGUAGUUUUAUACAGCUGUAAACAAUUGUUACGUAUAAAAUAUUCAGAAAAGGACUUUAAGAUAAAUAGAUGUGUGAAAACGGAAUAGCUAUCGGUAUUUAUACAUUUGUUGAGUGAAUACUAAUUACCAAAAUGUCUACAAGACGAGCGAGAGUCAAAGCAGUUAUUUCUUUACCGCCCCGAAGAAAGAAUAAUGAAGCUACAGACAAAGCCAAGGAACUUGUAAAAGAAGCAGCUGAAAAGCCGAUUAAAAGUCCCAGAACGCCACGCGGUUCUAUUAAAAAUCAAGAUAGCAUUGACAGGCAAUCACCGAAGCCUGGAUCUCCAUUGAGAUCGCCGCGCUCUGUAAAUGUGUUGAGACAACAGGAACGAGUGCCUUCGCCUCUAGUUCAGGCUGAAGUAACAAAAGACGCAACUCUAACGCCUAAGAAGGCGGCAAAAGUGUCUGUGAUAACGAGUGUAAACAGUGGAAAAUCGAGUGUAUUUGUGUCACCAAAGAGAGUAGCGAGUCCGUUUAGAAAGCUUACUCCGUCUCCUCUGGUCCAUACCUCGGUUAGUGUACAAAGAGUAACUCCUUUGACCCCAGAGAAAGUUGCUAGGACAUAUAAACUAGAGGGGAGUAAAAUCGUGGAGAGUGACAGUGCCACCAGUAGAAGGAAAAGAGGUAGCAAGGAUGCUAGUUCCUCUAAUACUGCUUCCGAUGUUCCUGAUGACUACAAUGUCCCGAGUGUCCCUGAAAGUAUUACCGAAGACACAGUUAUGGAUGGAAUCGUGCCCCUUCAAGCAUUCUCCAGUGGUCCCAAACCGCUAGCACUCUUGAAGAAUGAGAUUAUAUCGGAAAAUGCUGAAGUCUUGUUUGACCCUAUCGUGCCAUUGCCAUCACCGAGCAAAGUACGGCAGAAACUUCGUCCCGUGCCCAGACUAGCGCCUUUGAGAAGAAAUAGUGUACAGGGUAGUGCAUCAGAAUCGGAAGAUGAGAGUCGUCGAGCGUUACUAAGCAGUGGUGGCACGACCACCCCGGCCCCACCGUCUCGUCAGCGCGACCGCAGUGACACGUCCACACCGCAACCAGUGCUACCUACACCCAACAAAGAAAUAAACCGCAUAAGACAAGAUUCAGUAUGUUCCUCCGUCAGCCAGCUGACGACUGCCACGCAGCCACCGACCGCCACUUCACCCAUCAAGGAGAAACAAGUAUCCAAAACCCGCCGCCUGGACAUGUCCCGCCGCAUGGCCGCGAUGCGCCGGCGCCGCGAGGCAGUCAAGAAGGACACGCUCACCAUGUACGACCUCAUCUUCUACAACCCCACCACCAACCCUAUCGUGCCAGACGAUGAUGAAUUAGAAGCGAAGAAACUGAAUGAGAAGGAGGAGGCGGCUCGCAAGGCCAAGCAGGUGGAGGAGAAAGAGGACGAGGAACCGGAGCAGGACGCCGCGCCCGUGCCACAGAUCAAACUGGGGCCUAACGGAGAGAUCAUGUUAGAUGAACAGAGUCUGGUAAUAAAACAAUCCCAGAAACGCAAAGUAUCACAGAACGUAGUCCACGAGGGUGCGUGGGCCACGGGCAGUAGUAGCGGGCGCUACCGCCGCACGCCGCGCACGGCCGACUGGAGCGACGCUGAGACUGUCCGCUUCUACCGAGCACUCGCCGCCAUGGGAACCGACUUUAUGCUCAUGGAGAGACUCUUUCCUGGUCGAACGAGACGAGAUUUGAAGCUUAAAUUCAAAAAAGAAGAACGCAUGAACAUGGCGCAAGUGGACAAGGCGCUCCGUACUACAGUGAAGUGGGACGCCAGUCGACUGGAGGACGAGUUUCAAGCAGAACGCAAGGAGGCCGAGUUGCGCGCCGCUAGAGACCGGGCCGAGCUCAACAAACGUACCAAGGAGAAUCAACAGCGACGCCGAGAGGCUCGCGACUUGAAGAUACGGAUGAAAGUUGGUGAAUUGGAUGAAGGUCACGGCACAAAAGCAUUAGAGUCAUCAAUAUUCCCGGAGACUACAGUCACUCUGACGGCAGAUGAAGUUAUACUCCGCCACCACGAGGCGAAAGAAAAAGGAAACGAAACAAAAGGUAAGAGAGGGCGGCCGAGACUGGACAGCCCCUCAAAGUACCCAAUCUCUCGAGAAUCUCCACGAGUCAACGUCACACCAUCACAACCGCACUCGGACAUGGCAACACUUACGAAAAUAGACCCUAAGUCUAUAGGCAGAACGCCCGAAAAGCAACCGACACCUUCACCGGUAGUGCCUUCAAAUAUAGAAAAUGGAUCCCUAGUCGUACUCACGGUCAAUGACCCGAAAUCUCCUGCUAAGAAAAUGUUACAAACGUACAUAGCGAGUGGAGGGGGCCGACUUACUCCAGUGGCUUUACCGCCUUCCUUACUUAGCUCUGUGGUCACAUUUAUGAAAAAGGGAGGGACCCCUAAAAGUAUGUCAGCGGCUUCCUCUCCUCACCUGACCUCUCCUAGCAGUGUCACAAGUCAGGACAGUCGGCCCUCCUCCACUCCAGGAGUCAUUGUGAACGCCAGCCCGGCGAAGCGACAGCGACACAGUUCAUACACUAUAACGCAGCUUUAAGACAUGUGUACAGUACCUGAUGAUAGAAUUAUUAUUGUUAACGUGGGCACUUGGAACAAAUAUCUCGAAUCUCAUGGCAAAUAAGAAAGGACUGUCUCGAAUGUUGUAAAGGAUAUUCUCAAUAAACAGUUUUUCAGUAAAUUAUGUCACUAAAUCUAUAAUAUAAAAAUAAGUCGGAUUUUCCUUCCUGACGCUAUAACUCCAGAACGCACGAACCGAUUUCCACGGUUUUGCAUUCGUUAGAAAGGUUUAUAGCAAAGAAAAUUCGAAAAAACAAGGAAAAUCAUUGGAGACGAAACGGAGUUCUCCGGGUUUGCUAGUAUAUUAACAUAAAAAUGUGACAAGCCAAAACCACCGACAUGCCUAUAGCUUAUUGAGAAUCCCCGAUUAUCUUGAAACAUCAAAACGAAUGACAGAAACAGCGUUACAUUAAAAUAUAUCCAAUGCACCUCUGCUCAUGUUACGGCCAGUUUCAAUAUCCUAUGUAGCAGUAGAUUUGGCUCCAUUUAAAGUAUGUAAAAAUUCAAUUGCUAGUUACCAAAUCUACUGGACAGUACCCUUAAUACAAGUUUACUUUACGUUGAACAAAAACGAAACGAGAGCGCUUUCAGCUUUCUGAUUGGCCGGUGCAAAUAAAUCUACCAAUCGUUUCGAUUUCGUAAAACGUAAAGCAAAGUCAUACUAAGGGUACAGAUUAUUAAGACUGGUCGUUUUAAUCCAAUAUCAUCUGGUCUGGUACUGUAACUUACAAAACAUAUUUUAAUAUUAUUAUUACAUACCUAUAUUAUACCGCGAUUUGUUGUUAACGCCUAAAGCAAUAAAUAAUGUCCUACAAAUAUUUUAAAUAUUUAGUAUUUUCUAUAGUCUCUAGUAACUGCCUUCCGCGCUAAAUGCUGACUCGUAUCACAAAUGUUGUAAUUAGAUUAAAGACAUGUUUAAAAUGGAAAAGAGGUUGAAAUUUUAAAUACGGGACACAAUAUACGCAUACGUAUAAUUAUUAUUAGCUUUUUAAACGAAUUGCUAAUCAAAGUAAUAUUUUUCACAUACAGUCCACCAUGGUUCCUUCAGAAAAAUAUCGUGUGGUUUUGCCUUGCAAAAUUAGUGAUUAAUGCUCAUCAUACCUUAUCCGUGUGAGAAGAGGCCUAUGUUCAAUAGUGGGCGCUUAAAGGUUGAUGAAGUGAUGUGUGUACAUACCUUUAUCCCGUGGGGAAUCGAAAGAAAUCAUGUUUUUAUUAUGAAUAUAAAGUGACGAUAAAAGAGUAAAGAUUGGGCAUAUUAAUUAUGUAGCUAUCUAUAUAAAAAUCUUAAGUUCAGUAAGUGCCCCGUCUUUUAAAUUCCAACCUUUAUCUAUAUUUUACAAAGUUCACCUCUGGCGUUGAUCAAUAUAUUUCCACAGACUGUUUUAACCAUCGACUAAUAUCGAGAUGUCGAUAAUUUAUUCAUUAUCGAAUCGAUAAGAUCAAUCAGUAAUCGAAUAGGUGCAGAGUUGAUAAAAAUAUUGACAUGUACUUUUUCGACGAAAAUAUCAACAGAAUAUUUUUUAAAUGGUUAUGUAUUAUAUAAGACGUCCAAUGUUGUAUGUUUAUCAAAGCCAUGAGAAAUAGGGUAGCGUGCGUUUUAUUAAAGUAAUAAUAUUAAUAUGUAAUGUGAAUUACCUAGGUGUAGUGUAAAACAAGUCAACACUCUGCUAGGUAUAGUCCGUUCUCCUUUUUACGAAACCUAGAGGUACGUAGUUGUAUCCCAUCGAUAGGUAGUGAGUUUGAGAAUGAAGUGUAUAAUAAGAAAUUGUUUCUUAGUUCGAUUGUUUUAUGUACAUAUUGUUGAUGUAUUUAUGCUAACUUACCAUAUAGCGCUAGUGUAGCUUUAGGUUUGUUUGUCCAAUCACUGAGUCGGUCAAAAAAAUUAAUGCGCAAUGGUUUAAUAUCAGUCCCCAUUAAUAUGAGUGUGAUUUACGUAGAACGAAAAUGAAACGAGAGCUCGUGCGGAGAUCUGAUUGGCCGGUGCGAAUGAACCAACCAGUGCGCCGAAAACGCUCACGUUUCGUUUUUGUUCAACGUAACGCAAACUGACUAAGGGUACUGCUAAUUAUCUGUUACACCUGCGCUACAUUAGUGCUAUCUGGUGUGCGAACGGUAGACCUGAUCACAAAACUAUUGCAUGGCAUGUUUGAGCGUUUAUAAAUUAUACCGCCGAGUUCUAAUCGGCUAUAUUCGGUACCAGCUAAGUCUUGUAGAACCUUUAUACAAGACAAUAGCGGCUAGGUUUUUUAAAAACGGAAAACUAAUCUCACUAUGUAAUUUAAAUAAGUUAAUUUGUAUAUUUAGAAGUUUUAGAAAUAAGGGUGUUAAUUUAUUUUACCUGUUACAUGUAUUAUAGGUACCUUUUAUUUGGUUGACAGUUGACACAUUCCUCCAAUUUCCCUUCUUGAAGCUUUUGCAUUUGAACUGAAGAUGGCACUUUAUAUACGUACUUAGUUUAAAAUUGUAAACUUUAACAGUAACUGUCGAUUCCUUUUUGAAACUGAAGCAUCGGGUAACUCUUUACCUAUGCGACACAGGAACUUCCCAAAGCUGCUUAGUACGAAUUUGCUUUACGUUGAACGAAAACGAAACGGGAGAGUAUUCGGCGCUCUGAUUGGCCGGGCACUAACCAACCAAUCUGAGCGCUGAACACGCUCUCGUUUCGAUCUCGUUUAAACUCGUACUACGCUCUCUGGUAUCCCAAAAGCACAUCAGCUAAUAAAGAAUAAGUGGUUCCUAUUCUGGAAUUAAACUGAAUAUUCGGUUUUAAACUUCAGUCUUUAAAUAUUGUACUUAAAACAAAACUAAGUGCUAUCUUCAGUCUUUUUUACCUACCUUUUCCUCUCUUAAAUGGUAGUUUUAAUUAAAAAGUUCAAAAUAUAAAGAGAUUACUUAUACUGUAAAGGUGAAUUGUACGUAGAAGUAUGUAAUGUGAUACAUUUAAAUUGAACUUGUUAUCCGAUCUCAGAUGAUUUUUAUACAAGAUUAAAGCUUUUAACGCAUAUUUUGAUUGUAAUUGAUAUACACCAAUAAAAUCAACUUUGUGAAACUAAUACUAGUGUGAGCUACUUGUUAAUAUAUUGAAAUUGUUAAGAGUCUAGUAGUAUCUAGUUAUUUUAUUAUACCAAAUAAAAUAAUGAGUUCUUCCAAA